AUAAUUUUAUCCUCACUUCUAGCUAGCCAUGCCAUCAAUGUCUUCUUCUAUGAGCUUCUUUUUAUUUUUAUGUUUUAUCACCCUUCUCUUUGUACCUAGCUUUCAUGCUUCUGAUACAGAUCAAGAUCAAGAUUCUGGAAACACCCAUGCAAUCCUUCCAAGAUCAGAUAUUGAUCUUUUAGAGUUCCCUCUAAACUUGGAAUAUUUUGAAGCUGAGUUUUUCUUGUGGGGAGCUUUGGGCUAUGGUCUUGAUGUUGCUGAUCCGGCUCUUGCAUUCGGUGGCCCAAGCCCUGUUGGGCCUAAACGUGCAAGACUUAGCCCUUUGAUCAGAGAUAUUAUAGCCCAGUUUGCUUAUCAAGAAAUCGGUCACUUGAGGGCUAUAAAGAGCGCAGUUAGAGGAUUUCCAAGGCCGUUGCUGAAUCUAACUAAAGAAUCAUUUGCAACAGUGAUGAACAGUGCAUUCGGAAGGCCUCUAAUACCCCCGUUCGAUCCUUAUGCUAAUGAAAUUAAUUAUCUCCUUGCCUCUUAUGUUAUUCCCUAUGUUGGACUCACCGGUUAUGUUGGUGCUAACGCUAAACUUCUGACUCCCCGUGCCAAAAGGUUGGUGGCGGGUCUAUUAGGUGUGGAAUCAGGGCAAGAUGCUGUUAUAAGAACAUUGCUCUACGAGAGGUCACUGACGAAGGUGAAGCCUUACGGUGUGACUGUGGCGGAAUUCACUGACAAGAUUUCGUUGCUGAGAAAUAAGCUUGGAGGUGAAGGCUUGAAAGACGAAGGGCUGAUUGUAGGAAAAGCUUGGGGAGCUGAGGGGAUGAUCAGAGGAAAUGUGCUAGCUGGAAAUAAGUUUUCGAUAUCGUACGGAAGAACUCCUGAGGAGAUACUGAGGAUCGUGUAUGGAGGAGGAAAUGAAAGGAGACCUGGUGGUUUUUACCCUAAAGGAGCUGAUGGUCGCAUUGCUAGAUCUCAUCUUAUAUAAUUGGGAUUGUGUGUGAGAGAGAGGAAAGAAGGUUUGAUCAAUAGAAUGUGUUAAUGGAAGUGUAAGUUUAGUUGGCUGGUCCAAAUGUUCUGAUUCUGGUUGUAGCUUUGAUAGUUAAAAAUAAGCAGGAAUGAGGAAUGCGUGUUUAUCUA